AGCAACUUUUCUCUCUCUGUCUCUCUGUCUCUCUCUCUCUCUCUCUGAAUGAAUGAGGCAGCAAGCAAUAGUAAGCUGAUCAGUGGAAGUUCAGUAAACGAGGAGGUGAUAAGAAGCAGCUUUCAUCGGGAAGGAAAGGGUCUCAGACACUCUGAGUAGAACUAGCAGAAGCGCACGUUAACCCCGCGUGCAACCUUCUGUGCUCGCGUCUUAACUCUACUCUCUCUCUCUCUGUCUCUCUGUAUCACACGGAGAUAGGCAGAGAGAGGGAAGAAAGAGCUACUGUUUCUGCACAGGAACAACAGAAAAAAACCCAUUUCCAAGAGACUCUGACUCCCACUCUCUGCUGCUCUCUUAGGAUUUUCUGCAGAAAGACUGCAAGUUUUAGCAUAAAAACCGGGGGAGGGAGGGGGGGUAUGAUGAGAUGAAUAUGGAAGGAGGAGGAAGUAGUAUGAUGAGGUUUGGGGAGAACGAGAUGAAUAUGAUGAUGAAUUCUGGUGUGGAAGCAAUGAAUAAGCAGUUUCUUCCUCUUCCUAUGAGCGAAAAUGUUUGUUAUAGCCAAAGGGCAUCAGCAGCUGGUUUGAUGCCUGACCAAGAUAUGGAGGAGACCACUAACAAUAGUUGUAUGAGGGCUAAGAUUAUGGCUCAUCCCCUCUUCCCUCGCCUCUUGGCUGCCUAUGCCAAUUGUCAAAAGGUUGGGGCACCUGCUGAAGUGGUGGGUAGGUUAGAGGAGGGGUACGCUAAUUCUGAGGCAGCUAUGGAUGGAGGUUGCAUAGGUGAAGACCCUGCACUUGAUCAGUUUAUGGAGGCCUACUGUGAGAUGCUGACAAAGUACGAGCAAGAACUCUCUAAGCCCUUCAAAGAAGCCACGCUUUUCUUCUCAAGGAUUGAGUGUCAGCUCAAAGCCCUAACUGUUUCUUCCUCCUCAGAUUCUGGCGGUCAAAAUGGAUAUGGUGAGGAAGAGAUUGAUGCAACGGACAAUGUCAUAGAUCCUCAAGUUGAAGACCGGGAGCUGAAAGUUCAGCUUCUGCACAAGUACAGUGGAUAUUUGGGCAGUCUCAAGCAGGAGUUUCUGAAGAAGAAAAAGAAUGGGAAAUUGCCAAAGGAAGCCCGACAGCGGUUGCUGGACUGGUGGAGCAGGCACUACAAGUGGCCGUACCCAUCGGAGUCCCAGAAGGUGGCGCUUGCAGAAUCCACAGGUCUAGAUCUGAAACAGAUAAAUAAUUGGUUCAUCAAUCAGAGGAAGCGCCAUUGGAAGCCUUCAGAAGAUAUGCAAUUUGUUGUGAUGGAUGCUACUCAUCCCCACUACUAUAUGGAUAAUAUUAUGUGCAAUCCCUUUCCAAUGGAUUGCACCCCUAUGCUCCUUUGAUCAUCACAUUUUCCUAAUCACUGUAACAAUGUAACUCUUCUGUCUUGAGACUCUGAUGCUUAUAUUUUAAGUGCUUGACUAUUAAGACCUGCUUGUAUCAAAGAUUACCUGCAUUUAUAUUUAGCACCUUGUAGGGCUACUUUGCUAGAUUUGACACUUGCAGCUGAAUCAAAUAGAUGUUCAAGUAAUGCACUCA